AACUGAGUGAGGUAAGAAUAUUGUAAAAGGGUGUCAAGGUAGAUUUUCAAUCAAAGCACUGUUAAGAAGUACUCUGUUUGAUGGUUUUCUCACAGUGUGUUUGCUACACAAUAAAUACUGUAAGGAACGUCUUCCAUUCGCCGUCCCGGCAUUGACACAGGCUUGACAGGCACUUGACGCGGCGCAAUUGAUAUCCACGACGUGGGAUUCGCGCUUUUGGAACAUGAUCUCGUCAGUCACCAAUUCAAUACCGGGACGCUAGGCGUUUGAAACUGAGUAAUAAAGGGGUAAUCCGAGCCGAGAUAUAUAUUUUUUUUUUCAAACCCUAUAAAUCGGGGGGUGAUCGCACAAGAUGGCUUCGAUGAUAACCCCCAACAGAAUUGUCGGAGUGCUGAGGAUAUCGCACCCCGUAUCGUCACUGGCCCACCUACCCACCCCGACUCGAAGCGCCACAACUGCCCGCCUCGUCAGGACGAGCAUUGGUAGCCGCCGGUUGCAAGCAGCGCGGAGACAGACGUCUUAUUUCACGACAAGCAGCGGACAAGCAGGCCCCAACACAGCUCGCCCCCGUCGCAGAGGCUUCUUCUCCGGACUCUUGAUACUCGGCGGAACAGCAUUCGGCUCCUUCGUCGGCACCCUAUAUCUCAAGAUGGCGGCCAUCGGCGCAACGGUCGAAGAUGCGGUGCGCACGUACAAGCCCGAGACCCCUGAGGCGCAGGCCAUGGAGGACUACAUCAACAAGCACCCGCUGGUCCAGGAGCUGCGGGCGAACCCCGAGAUGACCGAGUCGCGGCCACACCUAAAGAUCCCGCCCGAGUGGCGCGCCCACAGCUUGACGGCCGGCACGUUGAUGGGCCCCGGCCUGGUCAGCGUGCCGCCCUUUGACUGGAUCGAGACGGACGGCAAGUCGUACGUGGAGAUCGCCCACCUCGGUGAGGACCUCUGCGGACACCCAGGCAUCAUCCACGGUGGAUUCCUCGCCACCAUGCUGGACGAGGGCCUGGCUCGGUGCUGCUUCCCCGCCCUACCGCACAGGAUCGGACUCACGGCCAACCUCAGCAUCGACUACCGCGCGCCCUGCAAGGCGAACCAGUACAUCGUGCUGCGCGCCAACACUGUCAAGGUGGAGGGCCGCAAGGCUUGGGUUGAGGGCAGGUUGGAGACUUUGGUCGAGCCGGGAGAGACCCCGUUGGUUUUAGCCGAGGCCAAGGCGCUGUUUAUAUCCCCUAAGGGAGCGGCGACAAUGACAAAGCUUUUACCAGCUCAAUGAUAGGGGUCGCUACCGUGAUGGGAUCUAGAGCAUUGCUCUGCUUUUGUUGUUGUUUCAGUACUACACAUUUGGGAAUGCAUUUUCCGGGCGUCACGGUAACAAUAGAAUUUCCAGAAGCUGGGCGUUGCUAGAUUAAAAAAAGCGACUAAUGAACAUUAUCCACAUAUAAUACAAACAACUCGAAG